GCCAGCGCACAAAACAGACUUGACCAAUUGUACUGAAAGGUUAGCACCUGACAACGUUACCGCCUUGCGGUCGAAGCAGUAAUUUCCACCAUAUGCGGUAGUCGACUGUGUUGUCCUGUGUGUCCAGGCAACCCUACAUCUGACCAACUGUUUUACAGGCGUAGGCUGGUUGCAAGCCAGUAGAUGUAGUAGGAGAUAGUUAUAUUUACAUUGGGUGGCCAGCUUGCUGAUACAAUGAACACGAAUUUGUUUUAAGUAGUAGCAGUGCAGUAUCGCCAUGGAUGAUUGUGGGGAAAGCAGAGAUGAGAGCAACAUAAUGGUAGAGAAGCUAUCAUUGUCAUAUGAUAGACCGAUGUCUCACCUGCAGCUAGCCUGCUGUCCCACUCACUGUGCUGUGCCACUACAAGGCAAGGACUUGUUGCUACACAGCCUUGAGGACUCAGAGCAGACCAUGCAACUUACAGGUCACCAUGGAAACAUCUCCGCUAUGGUGUUUGGGACAGGUAGAAACCCGCUCCUGCUCUGCUCUGCCUCUGCAGAUUAUGUCAUAGUCUGGGACGUCCAGCGCUGCUACAGCAGAACCAGAGCAGGCAUAGUGGCGUCUGGUACCGUUAUUGGGACACUACUGGGCAAGGUGGUCCAUCUGUCAUUUUCUGCCGGUGAUGAACGAUUGGCUGCGUGCUCUGGGGACAAAGUGUACAUACUGUCCUCCAAGAUAGAAGAUACCUUGUCUGUGUUAGCCGGCCACCUUGCACCUUUGACUGCAGCAGAGUUCUGUCCAUGGAAAACGGAUGUCCUGGUGUCUAUAUCAGAGGACCGCACGUUCAAGGUGUGGGGGGUAGAAAAAGAGGAGAUUAUCUAUGAGUCUGCUGUAUUGUCAGCGUCUCCAUUGCUCAGUGUGUCCUUCUUGUUGAAAACCCGGCAGCUUGUCACUGGUUCUGCAGAUGGACAGGUGUGGAGCUUCACCUUUCCAGAGGACCUUAGAUGUAAUUUGGUGACCAGACUGGACCUUCACAAGGUGAUGGAACGACACCAGAGGCAGCUGAACAAGAUGUCCCCACAGACAGUUGGUGUGACAGGAAUCACUCCAGACACAGUGGAGACCACAAAGCCUGUACUCAGAAUAUGUGCUUAUCACCGGCAGCUUGAGCUGGAGAGGGCUAACAGUUGGGUCUGGAUUGGAUGCUCCGAUGGCCUGUACCUGCUUGACCUGGCUACUUCUGAGCUCCACAAGGCACUGUUUCUCAGAGUCUGUAUACCUGUUUACUGUUGGAGAAACUGCUGGAACGAUGGACACAAUUUGCACUAUGCUCUGAAGAGACCUUGGGAUUACUACCCCAACUUGAGCAUUACGAUGGCUGGCUCGUGGGCCAUGUGUCAUGGUUCGGGAAACACUAUGAUCUUGUUACUGACCUCUCUGUUCGAGACCCAGAUGUCUGUGUUGGAAUUGAGCCUACCAGUGUCAGGCACUGUGGACGACCUCUGUCAGCACCUGGACCGGCUCUCCAUCUUGCCAAGUGGCCCACUGAUGUCUGGAUCUCCUCUGAACGCAGAGUUGAAGAAGAAGGAUCCCAAUCGUCGAAAAAAAACAGGUUCUGACAAAUGUGCUGUGAAGGAACCACCUCUAGUAUUCCACACAAAGGUCAAGUCAUCGGGAUACUUAGAAUCUCCACGGAUGACAAUGUUCUCACCUAAGACCAAUGUUCAGAAGAAGACAGAAAGAUCUACAAAGACCAACAUGAAAAGGAGAAGUGUCUUUAGCGAUUACCCAGAAGACACUGCAGCACCCAGCGUCCCACAUACUUGCCUGAGCACAACCAAAACCCCUACACCAGUAUUCUGCUGUCAGUACUCAGGGGAUGGAAAGCAAAUCUUGUGCGGCCUGGGAGACAGAUCUGUACUGUUGUAUAAGUCCUCCCUCACAGGCACUUCAGCUGUCUACACAGGUCAUGACAAGGCAGUGAGCAUUGUGUCCUGGAGUCAUGGAAGACAGUGGUGGCUGAGCGCCUCAGAAGACAGGACCUUUCGUAUCUGGACCGGUGGAAGUUCUGUUCCUGUCCUGACCUUGGGAGGCACGGAUAAGUUCUUCAAACCCAUCCAAGCUGCUCAAUUCUACUACCUGGAUAAGUUCCUGCUGAUGGCAUCCGGUCCCUCACUCCACCUCUAUUUGUAUCACCUGGACAACACACAGGAUGACAUUAAAAGGUACCAGCCGAGGAGCUGCGCUAAACUGAUGGGACAUUUCAGUAUGGAGUCAGGAACAGACAUCACCGCUGUCUCAGCCAUCAACGACUUCUACUCCUACGUGGUGCUGAUGUGUGGUGCUGACCGCUCCAUCCAGGUGUUGGACAUGAACACAGGGGCCGUGGCCUCUCAGCUGCCUAACGCCCACUCUAGAGCUAUCCAUCACGUAACCCAGAACAAGGGCUCCAUGUUCAGUAGCCAAACUCCAGACUCAUACAACCUCUUCCUGAGCAGCGCAGUAACAGACGCUGUGAAGCUGUGGGACCUCCGGACUCUCAGGUGUGUUCGGCGGUUCGAGAACCACGUGAACCGCUGUCAUCCCUGCACAGCGGCAUUCUCUCCCUGCGGACGGUUCAUUGCGUCUGGAUCCGAAGACAACUGUGCUUACAUGUAUGACGUCCGCAGCUCCAGCUAUCUUCGGAAACUCCAGAGACACUCAAACACUGUCCUCAAUGUGACCUUUAAUCCUGCUACGCCUGAGCUGUUGACCGGAACUCUGGACGGGAAGCUGAGCCUGUUCCGGCCCGGCAACACUGCCGAAGGGGUCUCCCUGCCAUGACAACAGACCAGCUCAUUUAAGCAUGUUAACAAAAGCAAAUGGUUUCUGAACCCGACGGUUGGGCUCCACAGUGUAGUGGUGAUGUCAUCCUGUCAUGGGAACCAACAGACCUUGUUUGCUAUUGAGCAUCCUUUAAUCUCAUUGGCUAGGGGGGUCACAGAGGCUUGAAGAGGUCCUCCAGGACAGCGGAGGAGGAGCCACUAGAUGACAUCACCGUCUCACUGCAUCACUCAGAAGCUCCCAACACACUCCACUACAUGCUGUACUAACACGCCCAUUCACAUUCAUAUUGACUGUAUUUACAUGACCAGUCAGACACACACAGACCAUAACAUGUACUGACACACACACACAUAUCAUACCGUAGACACACACACACUCACAACCAUACUCACAGGUGUAUGUAUAUCCAAACAGUUUCUCAGGUCCCAGAAGAACAGCCUGUGAACCAAGUGUGAGUAUUCAGCAUUAAACUGGUCAGAAUGCAUAUCAGUUUCUGAGCUUUUUGUGACAUGGAAGACCGCAUAGAAAGAGCAAGAGAAAUGGAGCACGCAUUUCCACCACUGCUUUCUUUCUUAAUUCCACAGUAAUAGCUGUAGUUUGAUUUAUUCCUGGCAGAGUCCUGGCAACUACAGGCUUAUGGUACUCAGACAACAUAAAUCACCCGUCCAUGUUGGUAGCUGGGGGUUUUAAGGUGUGGGGAAGGUACUGUCCUGUCUGAAUGGAACCAUUUUAAUGGCAUAGCCAGUCAGGCUUCUCUGGACCCGAGGGCUUGAGGGGGAACCGAGAUGGCGUCUCGGUUUCUUUUCCGGGUUCAAGUACUAUUUAAAUAUAUUACAAUGCUUUCACAGUGCCUGAUUACUGUUUCCUUUUGCAAUAAAACUUUUUGGAAGCUCCCUUAAGUGUAGACCCUGUUUACCUGGGACUCCAGGCAAGCUUACACAAGUCCUGACGAGUAUUCAGAAGAUUUCAAAUUGGAUCUGAAACCUAUCUGGAUCUCUAACUCUGUGUCAUACUGAUUUCUGGAGGAAAAACACGUUACCGGUCCUAACCAAGAAUUAAUCUGCUCUGACUACUAGUUGUGACACAGAGUCAGAGUUUAUUCUUGUAGCUUUUUCUCUUAAUUUUAUUUAACAACACUGCAGUCUUUUGAGCUUCACAGACUUCAUCAAAAUCUGUAGUUUAUGAAGACAUUGUAAUGGGAUGACGAGGCUUCAUAUUCAUGCCUUUUUUUCAAUCUGUUCUGGGUGAGCCAUGCAGAGACUCUGGGGAUACAGUAAUUAGUUUAUCUGAAGUAUCUUUUGAUGGUUUUAACCAUUUCCUUUGCUUUAUAUCCCCCCCCCCCCCAUCUAUGGAGUUCAUAUGCAUCCUAAACACUUUUUAAUUAAUCCACUGAUAUACCUUUAUCUUAAAAAAAUACUACAUUUAUUGGACAUUUCACUGGAAAAGGUAUAUAAAAUCAGAAUGUUGUAGAUAUUUUGUUUUGUUUUCAUUUUACCUUAUAUAGUAGUAUAUGUUGUUUCUUUGACAUUUAUACACUGCUAGUAUGGGUACAGUGCAUUAUAGCUGAAGUUCAAAUUAUUAAUUCCCAAAGACAAUGAGUACAAUAGCCUAAUGGAGAAUGGCAACCAGACUAACACUGCCUGUACACAAUGUUAUACUCUAUGUUACUGUAUCUAAAAUUAA